UCCUCUCCUUUCUGCUUUUAAUGGAAUACAAUGAAUCUCUCAACGCUCCGAAGAAUGUUCCAUGGGGCAAGUGCAUCUACAAUCCAUGUCGGUGUUACAGAAACUUCGCAUUAUGCAGCGGACUAAAUCUGACUUUCAUCCCGCGGUUUCCAGACAACAUUACCUAUCUCUAUAUGUAUAAGAACUGCUUGGGUCGGGUCAACAGAUCUACUUUCCUAAAUCUAACGAAUCCUUUGACGAGAAAAUCGAAAUUAGAGGUUCUUAUUCUUGUGAAAAAUAGAAUCAACACACUCUCAAACGACUCUUUUGCAGAUUUAAGUGACCUAACUCACAUUCAUAUUGAGGAUGAACAACAUUUAAGUGGGCAACAAUUUUCAGAAAGUUUUAAUUCACUCAGUCCGAAAUUAGUUAAGCUGAUAAUAAACAGGGUAAAUCUCACUUCCAUACCAGCCACAUUUUUCCAGGGACUAGAAAGCACCAAUGUCCUCAACAUUACUUUAGAGUCUAAUGCAAUAAAGACUCUCGACGGAAAUCUCUUCUCUCCAGUUACUUCUCUUCGCAAUCUGUCUCUCCACGGAAACAGGUUAAAAACGGAAACAACGAACUUCUCCCAUCUCAGCAACGUUGAAUAUUUGAAUCUUUCAAGCAAUUAUUUCAAUGUUUCUCCGAAUUUCUGCAAUUUCAACUUAAGUAGUUUGAAAAUACUUGACUUUCAGAGUAAUAAAUUCUCAACUUUUAAAGAGUUUAAAUGCCUGGAUAAUUUGGAAUAUUUGAAUCUGAAUAACCACGCAAUACGGACACUGUUCUCUAACACGUUCUCAAUGCUUCCAAAACUUAAAACACUUCACUUGAGCCAAAUGGCGGAACAACUGGAAUUUAUACAAAACAAUGCAUUUAACAGUUCUAGUCUUAAGCGCCUAUAUUUCAUAGACAAUGCAUUUCAUUUUUCUUUGUUUCCUCGAAACUUUUACCCACUUUUGAUUUUUGAAAAUACCCGUAAACUUCAAGUUUUAGAUUUGUCAAUGAAUUACUUUAAGGUGAAUGAAACGAUUUUUACACAAAUGUUGACCCCUCUCACAAAUUUAAAAUCUCUAAUCAUUGUGGAAUGUGUUCUAAGAUAUAUCCCACGUGGUCUUCUUAGAGUUUUGCCUCAGUUACGGGAACUAAUUCUGAGCAGGAACUCUAUAGAUGAAUGGAAUGGAUAUGAAGUAUUCGGAAAGUCAAAAACACUUCGAUACCUCGACCUUUCUGAUAACCGCAUCGUCACUGUAGAUGAAAAAUCCUUUCCGCCCGAUUUUCUACAAAGCAUAAGAUUCAUAAACCUAGGAAAUAACCCGUUCUCGUGUACCUGCAAAGAAGUACAAUGGUUUCAUGACUGGGCAAUAGACAAUAGACAGAAAAUAUGUCCGAAAACAGAAAUCUGUAAAACCAUACUCUGUGCAUCUCCUUCAAGCCUAAAGAAUAAAAUCAUCAUAGAAUUGACAGAAUCCGAAAUGUGUCCAUAUCCGGAGUAUGUAAAAGUCUUAAUAAUUAUCGGCUCAGUUUCUCUCUUCGUUCUUGUUAUUGCUCUCGUCGUCUACAAGGCACGGUGGCACAUUCGAUAUCUGAUUUACAUGUACAGAUUACGAAGGGAUGGGUAUGAAACCAUUGAAGAUAAGAGGGAUUUUAAUUACGACGCUUUCGUGGUUUAUGCAGAGGAGGACCAGGGCUUUGUACAUAAUACAUUGGUUCCAACACUCGAAGAGCGGGAGGGCUAUCAUCUGUGUAUUCAUAACCGAGACUUUCAAGUAGGAAAGCUUAUAGUAGACAAUAUAAUAACCAGCAUUCAAACGAGUCGAAAGAUCAUUGUUGUUUUAUCUAACAACUUUACAAAAAGUAAAUGGUGUGACUUUGAGCUAAUUAUCGUACAGAAUCGGAUGGUUUUGGAGCAGAAUAACAAUCUCGUUGUAAUUUUGAUUGACAAAAUUGAACCAAAGAACAUUACAACUCCAUUAAGGUUAAUUCUCUCAACCAUGACAUAUGCAAAAUGGCAAGCCCAAGGAACGGAAGAUGAAAAGGAAUCUUUUUGGAAUCAAAUCCGCGAUUCUUUGAGAAAAUAGCUUGACAUAACUUCAGUUUGAUACUUUUUGAUAUCAGAUCCUUUGCUUUCCUUACAAUGGAUUCUCAAAGAACUGUACAUGCAUUUUCAUAGCUUUUUUUAUUAUUAUUCUUUUCUUCUCAUCUGUGAAGAAAGUCUCGGUCCAAGUGCUGAGCUUGUUCCGUGUUGUGGAAUCUAGUGUAUCCGCGAAUGACAAAUAAGCCAUUUGUUCAGCGGAAGUAAUAACCUUUUUUGAUAAAAUCAUAAACAUUGAAAACAAAAUGAAGCAUCGACGAUGUCUGAAUACAGAAGAGAUGAUUAGGGGGGGGGGGGGGGGGCAAUGGAAAUUACACAUGCUAUUUUAUAUAAAUAACAG